AUGCCGGUGUUCGCCUGCGAGAUGGCAUCGUCGCAGGAAUUGUGCGCGAUGGACUAUACCUCGGAAUACAUGUUGUCGGUAACUCCUCACCUUUGGGACAAAACCGCUAUGAAUCCAUACCCAGUGCACCCAUAUAAAAGUGUUCCAGAAGAUUACCAUCGCUUAAACACGCUAGAAAACAGCGACAUGCAGUUAGAAACGAGCAGUAGUGAAACGAGUGCCGCCAGUUCUACGUCUUUGUCGCAACAUUGUGCCAUUUGCGGUGACCGGGCAACAGGAAAGCAUUACGGCGCGUCUUCAUGCGACGGUUGCAAAGGCUUUUUCAGAAGAAGCGUUAGAAAAAAUCACUUAUACACGUGCAGAUUCAGCAGGAAUUGUGUGGUGAAUAAAGACAAAAGGAAUCAAUGCAGAUAUUGUAGACUAAGGAAGUGUUUCAAAGCUGGCAUGAAAAAAGAAGCUGUGCAAAAUGAAAGAGAUCGGAUCAACUGCAGGAGGCCGUCCUAUGAGGAACCGGCACAAGCAAACGGACUGUCUGUCGUAUCGUUACUAAACGCGGAACUGCUCAGCAGAAAGGUCAUAGAUGAGACAAACAACGUGACUGACGCGGAGAUAAAUAACCGCAAGCUGGCGAAGAUCAACGACGUUUGCGACUCCAUAAAACAGCAGCUUCUCAUCCUGGUGGAGUGGGCGAAGUAUAUCCCCGCCUUCACUGACCUGCAACUAGACGAUCAGGUGGCGUUACUACGAGCGCAUGCGGGCGAACAUUUGCUCCUCGGCUGCGCUCGUCGCUCGCUGCAUCUCAAGGAUGUUUUAUUAUUGGGCAACAAUUGCAUCAUUGCGAAGCAUCACAUUGAUUGCCGCAUGGACAUAGACAUUAGUAUGAUUGGGAUACGAGUUAUGGACGAGAUCGUGAAACCUCUGCGGGAGAUAGAUAUCGAUGACACAGAGUUUGCUUGUCUUAAAGCCAUAGUGUUCUUCGAUCCCAACGCGAAAGGGCUGUCGCAGCCGCAGAAGAUCAAGCAGCUGCGCUACCAGGUGCAGAUCAACCUGGAGGACUACAUCAGCGACCGGCAGUACGACGGGCGCGGCCGCUUCGGCGAGCUGCUGCUGUGCCUGCCGCCGCUGCAGAGCAUCACGUGGCAGAUGAUCGAGCAGAUACAGUUCGCCAAGCUGUUCGGCGUCGCGCACGUCGACAGCCUGCUGCAGGAGAUGCUGCUCGGAGGGGCAAUGACCGAAGCGUCGGGCGAGGAGAGCGGGGCGGGCGCGGCGGUGGGCGCGGGGGCGGGCGCGGGCGCCGCGUCGCCGCCGCUCGUGGCGCAGGCGCCGCACUACGAGCCCGCCGCCUUCAAGCAGGAGCCUAACAUGAGUCCCGAGCCUUCUUCGCGAUUGAUGAAGUCGUCUGACAUAACAAUGUUAUAG